UCCUGUUCCGGCAGGUUGAUAUUUUGAACAUGCAGUGUACAGAUAUAAUUGAAGAUUGUUCACAAUGUUCAGGGGGAGCUUGAUGCGCUAGUAUCUGGUAUCUGGCAUGCGGCAAUAUUAUUUGUUGAAAAAGUUGCCUACCCAAUACCCAUGUCUGACUCUGGGUAUUUAGGAGUGGGACGCGGUAUUCUCUAGGAACCUGUUAUGGAAUAAACGCUGUUGCCUGAUCUUGUCAGGUCCGCCAGAUAUCUACUUCUGUUACUGUAAUUAAUUACUUCUUAUGUCAAUUAACAUUGGACGUACUGUAUCAGAAGAUGGACCAUUUAAUCGAAUUAUUAUGAGCGUGGGUGGUAUUAAAGUAUUAGCUCAUUGAUUCCCAUCCAGGUAUUGGCAGACAUUUUAACACUAAGACAAAAUAGUUAACAUGGAGUGGAAGCUAAAGAAGAUGCUGUCGCUUUUACUGGAGCUGAUUAUUUGGUGCUAUAUGGUUCAUGGAACUGCAGUGGAGAAUAGAGAAUGCAGGGUGCAGGAGUACAGGGAUGAAGCAGGGGACUGUGUCGCCUGCAGACAGUGUGGAUCUGGACAGGAGCUAUCCAUGGAAUGUGGCUUUGGCUACGGGGCGGGUGCCCGCUGUGCGCCCUGCAGACCUGGCUGCUACAAAGAGGCGGCAGGAGGGCAGAAAUGCAAGCCGUGUCUAUCAUGUGCCCACACCAGCCGCCUCCAGAGAGCCAAUUGCACCGCCACAGGCAACACCGUGUGUGGAGACUGUCUGCCCGGGUUCUAUAGGAAAACCAAGCUGAGUGGGUUUCAGGACAUGGACUGUGUACCCUGUGGAGACCCUCCUCGUGCCUAUGAGCCUCUCUGCAGUAGCAGGGUGAACCUGGUGCCCCUUUCGUCCGUGGUGGCAAGCCCCAGGGACACUGUCCUGGCUGUAGUCAUCUGCAUCUCUCUGGCUUCUGUCCUACUGGCCCUAAUGCUUUUCUGUGCCAUCUACUGCAAAAGACAGCUGGAGAAGAAACCUCAUGAGCCAUGCCAGGGUGGUAGCUGCUAUGACGCAGAGUUCCCCAGCUUUGAGCACAUUCAGGUCCAUCAGAUACCACAUCAGACCACCUCUAACUGCUACCAUGGCACGGGCAUAACUUGUGGUCCAGCGAAGCUGUUCCCCUAUCAGUUCUCUGAGGAACCUUGCAGCAUGGAGCACAGCAGUGGCUUCCAUCUACACUGUUCUCAGAACAGCAAUGGAAUGGCCACAUAUCCUGCCUGGGAGUCACAGAUAAGACCACUAGAGAACACACUGCCCAGGGAGGUGAACCAUGACCUCUACCAAACUGACCUGGAAGUGUCUGAUGAGGAACUUUCCUUAGAGGAUGAUGGAACAUUGACAGAAGAGAAGACAUGGACCCAUGCUGUAUCAAACUAAAGAUCUGGGAUUCACUAAACUGUACUGUGUAGGCCUUAAAGCAGGGACCAUUUCUUCAUGAGAAUAACCUUUGAUAUGUUGACUGUCAUCAUAACAGACUUGUGGUUAUGUGAAAGACAUUGCAAUUGCUGACAGAAACUUGACUUGCUGGUUUCAAAGCCAUUCAAACCAGUAUUUUCUGCUUCUGUUAUUUUCCUGAGCUCAUUUCAUUGCCAUUACCAAAUACGUGUGGGCUGAGGUCUGAUAUAGUACAAGUUUAAAUUUGACCAAUUAUCUUGGAAUUUGUAUUAAAACAUUAAUACAUUUAGAAAAAUCUUGUAAUUUACAGUCACAUGCAAAAUUAUUGGCACCCUUGAUAAAGAUCAGCAAAAAAUACUAUAAAAUAAUACAAAUACUGAGCUACUGUAU